AUGUCCACUUUCCACCCAUUCCCUCUACUACCACUGGAGCUUCAGAGGCAGAUAUGGAGGUGCACUGCUGAGCCGCGCACCGUCGAGGUUCGCAUCGAACGCAGGGGGCCCACUAAGAAUCGCUUAUUGAUAUCGUCCACGCCGGUGCCUGGACCGCUACAGUGCUGCAGAGUGGCCCGAGAUGAGUUACAGAGGUUGUAUCAACGAGCUUUCUUCGAUAUUGGCACUCAACAGGAUACCAAGCCGCGUAAGUACACGUACUGGAACGGCUUCGGGUUCGAGAUCCCUCCCAGUCCUUCGCCUCCUCCCAACCUGAGCAGUCCCGAACUCCGUGUGAAUCGCCAUCAUCAAAGCAAUCCUGAACCCACCGCCAUCAAUACACGUCCGUUUGAUCCGCACGAGGAGCGCAGGCUAUCUGGUGUGUACCUUAUCGAGAAACUCGAUGUGACUGGCAUCGACGGACCAAGCAUCGAGCGGCGAUAUGUCUGGUUGAACUUUGACAUCGACAUGGUGGACAUUGGAACUUUCCGUCUCGAGAAUUUGGAACCAAUUGCAUUGAACAUCAGGCGACUCAAGUUUAAGCGCGAAAACAGUGAUGAGUCUUGGUAUCAUUUUGAGUCACGACGACUCGUAAACUUCAAGAAUGUAGAGGAAAUUCACGUGGUCUGUGAGGAUGGGUUCUGGAAUUGGGGUGAUGCUACGAAUGAGCAUUUCUGGCCUUUCGCUGCUGACAACAUAGUCUUCUUUGAUCCGUUUAGUGGUCAAGUGGCGAGGGCCGACGAACUCACUUGGGGUAAGCUUGAAAACUUCAUUCCAUCGGAGGGAGAGCACUCGAGCAUGCCACCGACGAGCUCACCAACACAGCCUUUGAGGGCUAGUUCAGUGCAAAAGAGGGGCAGCAAGCCAGUCGCUUGCCAAAGAUGUCACUCGCGCAAAGUGAAAUGCUCGGGAGGCCACCCAUGCUCAAACUGCCGCGAUACCGCUGAAACGACGCCUUGCGUGUAUCCAGCGCGCGACCGACAGAUCAAGCUCAGUGAACAUCACCUGAAUGAGCUGCUAAAGGAUUACGAGCGUUUGAAGGAUCUCGAGCGCCUACGUAGCGGACCCUCCGGGUCCGCUCAGGCUGCUGUUCCCGUCGAAGAAGCUCUCGAAAGCAACACAGCUGUGAAUGAAGCCGUGCGUAAUCCACUACUUGAGGAUAGGCCUUGGUUCCAUGCAGUUUCUUCCGAGCAUGUACCUAUCCACGUUGGAGAAGCUGCCGACGCAGCAUUUGCGACAAGAUUUCGCCAGACCCUUGCCGUAGGAAAUACCAAGCAUCUGCCUCGAAUGGACCACGUACAAGACGAUUACCUGAUGCUGCCGUCUCAAGCCCCUUUUAGUUGGCCGUCACCUGCAAGAGCACGUUUUUUGGUCAAAGUAGCCUUGUCCACAGUCUGCCAAUACUACCAUAUCGUGCGCAAGAGCCAGGUCACGAGAAUUCUGGAAGACGCCAUCAAGAACAACGGCAAUGGUAACCGGGUAGUCAUCUGUAAGCUUCUAGCACUUUUCGCCCUGGGUGAAGUGUAUUCUGCCAAACAUGCUUCCAUGGAUGCUGCCUUUCCCGGCUUAGCCUACUUUGCUCAAGCAAGAAGGAUGAUUAGCAUUCCUGCCGAGCGGCCGCAGAUGGACACCAUAGAGGUCACCCUACUAUUGGUUCUUUAUUCCUUUACGGUCAAUCGUCGCCAUUCGGCUUACAUCUUCGCAAGCUCUGCCUGUAGACUUGGUCUUAUCAUGGGCAUGAAUAUGAACAUACCUGAACAUCAGUGCCCUGAUCGGCUUGCGAGAGAGCAUCGCGUGAGGCUAUGGUGGUCUGCAUAUGCUCUUGAUAGAUCAUGCGCAUCAAAACUUGGUCUUCCUGUAUCUGUUGCUGAUGAAGAUAUCAUGGUAGACUUUCCCAGUAGUGACGGUCUCGAUGCUGCAGAAGAAGGCGAUUUUGGCGACACUGAUUACAGCUUAAAUAGCAUCAAGUUGGCCAAACUUGCUGCUCGAUUGACACGAGCUAUCUACAGUAGAAGAAACCAUCACGAUUCGUUUUCUAAAAGGGUUCAGGCGAUGCUCAAGGAUCUCACCAGAUGGAUGGACGACCUGCCAGUUAAGUUUCAUCUCAAGGACAACGACACUUCAGCACCUAUCCACAUUGUCUACAUACAUCUGCGCUUCAACCAGUGCUGUAUUCUUGCCACACGACCGAUACUUCUACAUGUUCUCCGCAGCCACAAGCAGUCAUGGUCGAAUCCAACUAUCGAUCCCAAACGCAACCUUCCUGAGGGCGCUCUCGCACUUGCCGAAACAUGCAUUCAAUGCGCGCGUCACAGUUAUCGCAUCCUUACGGAAGCCUGGAUUCAUGGAUCCUUGGCUACGCUGGAUUAUUUCGACACGCAAUACCUCUUCUCAGCUACUACGGUCCUCGCUAUUUCUAGUCUUCUGCAGUCACCGCGGAGUCAAGCAGACGGUGACGAUUUCAACAACGCGGUGGAGUUGUUGCGACAGCUUGCUCAAAGCGGUAACUAUGGCGCGAAAGAGUUCGUUAAGCAUAUGGAUGCGAUAGAGCAGAGUAUGCAACUUGUGGCAGAUACCAGCUUUGCGCUAAGUCGACCACAACAAACGUCUGUGGCCAGUGCGGAGCAAUUGCUUCCUCCUUCCAGCGACGCAAUGACCGCUGGUAUGGCUCUUGCCGAUCCAUCCCUUCGGUACUUUCUUUCCGAGUCCGAUUUAGAUCUUCAAGCUUUCAGUAACCCUGCUUUUGAUGAAUUGCAGACACCAUACUGGUGGGCGGACGGUUGGGGAGUGGGUGGAGAUAUCUGA